AAAAAGAAAAGCUAUUCAUGAACUACUAUUUGGUAAAAUUAAAUUUUUUAAAGUGAAAAAUUUUGAUAAUUUAUUUGCAGCUGCAUAAUUCGCAAAGAGAACAAUAAGAUUUCAAAAUGAUUGUCAGAGGAUCUGUAAUUGUGGUCUUUUUGAUUUCUGGCUUGUCAUUUAUUGAUGCUCAGAAGACCGAUCAUUUAAAUUUGCCUGAUGUGCCAUCGAGGCCUGAACCUCUGUCUGCCACUAAUGAAAAAGAGACGACUUCCACGGCAACGACAACUACAACAACAACCACCCCCACAACUACUUCAAAACCUCCUCCAAAGUCUACAACAACUACCACCACGACAACGCCAAAACCUCCACUUACUACUACCGCAGCACCAGUGACAACUCCGGCUCCAGCACCUCCUGCAGAUCCGGAAAUUGUAACUUGGAAUUCAAGUUGUAUAAUGGUGAGGAUGGCUGCUCAAUUGAAUUUCUCUUAUGAAACCAAAGAUAAUCUAAACGCGUAUGGUUUGUACAACAUACCUAAAAAUUCGGUAGUAGAAGAUGCUAAUUGUGAGCAUAAUACCACGCAAGGAUUACAAAUUAACUGGGGUCCCAAAGAAGCUCAACAUGUAAUGUCAUUACAAUUUCUUAAGAACAACGGUACCUUCAAUUUAACUAUGAUAAUGUUUACCAUACCUUUGUUGAAUGAUACGUUCUCAAAUGCUAAAGAAAAUCAAACUAUAACUUUGGUGCAUCGCGGUCCACUUUUUGCGGCCCCCGUUCAAAUGUCUUAUCAUUGCACCCGUCCGCAAGUUUUUAAUAUGACUCGCACCAUUAUUAAUGACCAAGUAGUUGGUACUCUCAAGGUCCACGAUGUCCAGAUGGAAGCUUUCCGCACUCCUAACAAAACUGGUUUUUCGGCAGCUCGCGACUGCGAUAGCACCGAGACUUCGGACGUGGUGCCUAUUGCAGUUGGCAUUGCUUUGGUUGCUUUAAUUAUGAUUGUUUUGGUUUCUUACCUUUGCGCUCGGCGCCGCUCGAAUUCACGUGGCUACAUGAGCUUUUAAAUUUUUAAAUUUAAUGUUUUUCUUUUUUGCUUUUUUUUUUUUGUAAACUUUGAACGAAACAGAGCAUACGGAGCAUGUAAAAUGUGAAGUUAGGCUACCAGAAGUGUUUUUUGAAUUUGUUUUAAAAGCACUACAGUUAUACUGACUUUGCCUUUCAAGCUUUGUUGUUCUCCGAAGCAAAGAAAGUAAAGAAAGAAAACUUGUGUGAUUAAAAAAAGAAAAAACAAAAAUUUAUUAACACAAUCUCUUAACACAACAAAUCGUACAUCGUCCAUAUUAAACAAACAGCUGUAAUCUUUUUCAAAUUUUCAAAACCAAAAUGUUUUACUUAAGUAUUCGACACAUUGUUAUAAUUGGUAUUUUCCUUUAACAUAAUCUACCUGUC